GGUGACCCCCCCCCCCCCCACACGGUGCGGACGCAGCAGCAGAGGAAGACGUCGAGGAGGAGAGCGGCUCCCACACACACAAACACACAUCACCGUGCCCACGAAACCUCGCCAUGGCCUCCAGGCUGCUUCUACGAGCGUCUCUCAACGCCGGCCGUCGUGUCGCGGCCGUCGGGAGCGUGAGACCGGCGAUGCGAGCCAUAGCGAGCGGAGGUGGCAUCCCCACUGAUGAAGAACAGGCCACGGGCUUGGAGAGGUUGACCAUGGAGGCUAAGAAAAAAGGCACUGACCCCUGGAGCAUUGAGCCACCCAAGACUUACGCAGGAACCAAGGAAGACCCACACAUUGUGCCGUCCAUUGGUGAAAAGCGGCUGAUCGGCUGCAUCUGUGAGGAGGACAACACAGCUGUGGUGUGGUUCUGGCUGCACAAGGGUGACUGCCAGCGCUGCCCUUCUUGUGGUGCCUCCUACAAGCUCGUUCCCCACGAGCUGCCGCACUGAAAACUUCUGCGUCCCCCCACACAAUCUACUCUCGCGUUGGUCACCACCUCAAUUUCAUGGGCCGUCCCGACUUUGGCGUGGUGCCCUCCACAGCGAUUGCCGCUAGUGUUGGUGUACACUUAAAACGGAUGUAUGUUUUGUCACUGUGACGUGAAUUAAAAACAAAUGUAAUGUCACUCUC